AUGGCGUCCCUGCAAGCUCGAUUUCUCCUACCCGCCUCCCGGGGAAGGUUUCAUUCGAGCCUUCGGACCCAGGGAAACUCCGGCGGUGCAAACCCCGCCUUCCGAAAGACGCAGCAGAGAUCGGUGAGCGACGAACAGCCUGUGCAAGGAAAGGAGGCAGCCGUCUUCACCACAGGCCAGAAUCAGGUUCUUGUGAAUGGCGUUGAGGGGAGGGAUGUGACUGCCAGGCUAUACGCCGUAAUUGAGGCCGCCGCCGACCGGAUCGAAAUGCACGACAUCAUUGGGGUCCAGAGGGACAACUGGAAUCUCCUCCUCCUCAACUCCAUCAACGCCAUGACCCUCACCGCCUCCAUCUCCGCCGGUCUUUCGUCCAUCCCCCUGGACGGCGCCUCGCCGCACCACGCCGCCUUCAGGAUCUCCUCCGCCCUCCUCUACUCGGCGGCGACGGUGAUGCUACUGGCGGUCAACAAGAUCCAGCCUUCCCAGCUGGCGGAGGAGCAGAGGAACGCCACCCGCCUGUUCCGGCAGCUGGUGAAGAAGAUCCAGACGACCCUUGCCCUCCGCAAUCCCACCCCUGCGGAUGUGGAGGACGCCGUGGAUCGGGUGCUGGCACUCGACACGGCCUACCCGCUCCCCCUGCUCCCGGGAAUGCUCGAGAAGUUCCCCAAGACGAUCGAGCCGACCGUCUGGUGGCCGAAACUAGGACGGGCGCGCAGUCAAUCUCAAUCACGACACAAGAAUACGAUGGCGGAGAGUUCACAAAGCAAUAAUGGCUGGAACGAGGGACUGGAAGGUGUAAUGGCGGGUGUCCUGAAGAUGUUGAAGAAGACGGACACGACGGAGUAUUUGAGGUUGGGCGCCUUGGCGUUGAGCAUCAACAAGGUUCUGGCUAUCACCGGGCCCGCCCUCACGGGAGUAGCCGCUGCCGGGGCUGCAUUGUCGGACUCCGCUAUCCUCGGGCCCUGGCCGCUCCUGUUAGCCGUUGUAGGCGGGGCCCUGGCCACCGUGGUGAACACAUUGGAGCACGGAGGGCAGGUCGGCAUGAUCUUCGAGCUGUACAGAAACAGCGCUGGGUACUACCGCCAACUGGAAGACGAAAUCGAAUUCAACCUGGGGGAGACGGACGUCGAGGAGAGGGAGAACGGGGAGAUGUUCGAGCUGAAGAUGGCUCUGCGACUCGGGAGGAGCCUCUCGGAUCUCCGCAGCCUCUCGUCGUCGUCCUCCUCCCACAAGGUCAACGGGGUUGGCCACGAGAACGCCGGGAGGCUGUUCUAG